UCCAGGCUCCAGCCGCAGCGAGCCACCCCAUGUGAGCCUCCGAGACAGCAAAGGUGGCCGUCUCUCCGGGCUGGGAAGAAACCGGGGCGGCCAGGGGCUGACUCUCAGCAACCCCAGUCCCAGGCCCUUGGGCAAAAGACCCACAUGAGGACCCUCACCCAGGGCACUGAUCUGGUGCCAGCCGUGGAGGAGGCCAGGGGAGCGCUGGCCACUGUCAUGGCCUCCGUGUCUCCCCCGGGGCCCUCGGCCGGGGCGGCCCCCAAUGCCACGGCGGCGGCGGCGGCGGCGUGGACCAACGUCAGCCUGCCGGAGAUGCCCCUGUUCCACCGGUUUGCCCAGCUGGACGAGCAGCUGCACGCCGCCUUCCCGGGCCUGUGGUUGGCGCUGAUGGCGGUGCACGGCGUCAUCUUCCUGGCAGGGCUGGUGCUCAACGGGCUGGCGCUCUAUGUCUUCGGCUGCCGCACGCGGGCCAAGACGCCAUCGGUCGUCUACACCAUCAACCUGGUGGUGACCGACCUGCUGGUGGGCCUGUCCCUGCCGGCACGCUUCGCCGUCUUCUACGGCGCCCCCGGCUGCCUGCGCUGCGCCCUGCCACACGUCUUCGGCUACUUCCUCAACAUGCACUGCUCCAUCCUCUUCCUCACCUGCAUCUGCGUGGACCGCUACCUGGCCAUCGUGCGGCCCGACGGCUCCCGCCGCUGGCGCCAGCCGGCCUGCGCCAGGGCCGUGUGCGCCUUCGUGUGGCUGGCCGCCGGCGCCGUGACCCUGUCCGUGCUGGGCGUGACGACCGCUGGCGGCCCCUGCUGCCGCAUCUUCGCGCUGACCAUCCUGGAGUUCCUGCUGCCGCUGCUGGUCAUCAGCGUGUUCACGGGCCGCAUCGUGUGCGCGCUGUCGCGGCCUGGCCUGCUGCGCCAGGGCCGCCAGCGCCGCGUGCGGGCCAUGCAGCUGCUGCUCACCGUGUUGGUCAUCUUCCUCGUCUGCUUCACGCCCUUCCACGCCCGCCAGGUGGCCGUGGCUCUGUGGCCCGACGUGCCACGCCGCGCCAGCCUCGUGGUCUACCACGUGGCCGUGACCCUCAGCAGCCUCAACAGCUGCAUGGACCCCAUCGUCUACUGCUUCGUCACCAGCAGCUUUCAGACCACCGUCCGCGGCCUCUUUGGCCGGCAAGGAGCAGAGUGCGAGCCCAACGGCUGCGACGUGGUCAGCGUGCACAAGAGCUCCAAGGGCUCAGCCCACCAUCACAUCCUCGGGGCCAGACCGCGAGCCGUCACGCAGGCCCUGGCUAACGGGCCUGAGGCUUAGUCGGCAGGACUCUGCAAGGCAGCCAAAGGUUGGGGCCGGGCUGGGCAGGCCAGGCCGGGGACAGCGCAGAUAUCCGCUCUACUCGAGUGGCAGAUUGGGUUCCCCUUGGUCGAUUGGUGAUGGUUGCCCAGUGCCCUGCCUGGAGAUGAAGUCAAAGGCCACUGUGCUGUGAUUGACUGACAAUGUCUGCCAGGGGCUCUAGAUAGGAUGUGGUGGACUGAAUGUUGGUUAUUUGCCACCCCUGGGGUAUAUUGUGUCCACUGAAGACCCAGAGGGGUAGCCAGGAGCUACUUCCCACUUGGAUCAUUCUACCCCCAGAAAGGGUUCCUGCGAAACAGGGACAGAGACUUUUAAGGUACUAGGAAUUUCAAAGAGGGUUUAAAAAGUGAACUGAAGAGGUCCCCUCCCCACCUCUCCCCCCUCAUCUCCCUGCCCCCAAGAGACAGAAGAGCUAGAACAGAAGGGAAGAGGCCACAAGUGUUAUGUGAGCAGAUGAGAGGGGUUCACACCUGCAGGGCCCACACUUGAGGCACCUGUGACUCACCCAGAAAGACAGGCUGACCCCGUGGGGCACUCCGCUGUGACAACUGUGCUGUCUGGGCUGACACUUGCACCCCACAAAGGAGACGCUGUUUUCUACCCGCUCCGAGCGAGGAGCUGAGUGGCACACGCAGGAGCCCUGGCUGGGCAAUAGGCAAGUCAGAAUCAAAACCCAGCCCCACCUCCUCCAAUGCCCCCGCGCCUGCCCCAUGGACACAGCUCACAUCUUCCCAAAGCGCCCCCAACUCCUGGAACCGUCUCGGAAGACCCUGCCUGCUGGCCCAGGAGGGCAGUAGACUCCCGGCCCCAUCCUGUGGAUGCGAAAGCAAGGGCAAAGACAGACUUGAACCCAGGCCUGCUGGCCUAAGGCCACGUCUGGCCACGCACAGAGCCCUUGUUCUCCCUCUCGCCUGGCUCACCGUGCCUCCCUGCCUUUCCUGCACGUAUGUGUGCUGAGUCGCCUCAGUCAUGUCCAAUUGUUUGGAACUCCAUGGACUGUAGCCCGCCAGGCCCAGGCUCUUCUGUCCAAGGGAUUCUCCAGGCAAGAAUACUGGCGUGGCCAUGCCCUCCUCCAGGGGAUCUUCCUGACCCGGGGAUCGAACCAGCAUCUCUUAAGACUCCUGCGUUGCCAGGAGGGUUCUUUGCCACUAAUGCCACCUUUCCUGAGAAGGGAGCAUUUCUCUGACUUGGUCCACUGGCCGCCUCCUCUGAGCUGGACUCCAGGAUCACCUCCAUGUACUUUCUGUUGAAUGUUCAAGCUCCCAGGAGCCCUUUCUAAAGACUGCUGUUUCGGGGAGGACGCCUGUUUUGAGAGAGGAGCUCUGGGCUUCCCAGGCACCUCUAGUCACCAGGCUCCACCCUCACACAUGGCCACUACUGAAACAGGUGAGAUGGAACUUGGCCUCAGAUUUGCCCCCUUGUCUGCAACGUCCCAUGGGAUAAGUGGUUCCAGGCAGAGUCCCUCAUCCCCCAAGAUCAGGGCCCUGGUGCGAGGCCUGGAUGGGAGGCAGGAGGACCAUUUAUAUCCCCAUAUAUCAGAUGGGGAAACUGAGGCUCGUGGAGGGAAAGGACCUUUCCAGGGUUACAGAGCGAGUACUCAGGCCAGACUGUGCAGCCAGUACGAUCAGCUGGAGUCCCACGGGGUCAGCGCCUGUGGCCCCAAGGCCUCAUGGGAAGGCCAGGGUGGGGGUGCUGGAGCCUGGGGGAGUCCAGGGCUUGCUCAGUAGGGUGGUAGGGGUGCUGGGCGCAGGUGCUCGAGAAGCAAAGGGCCGUGGUUGUCAGCAUUAGCACCAACAUCCUUGGUCCUUCCUGGGUGCCAGGCACAGUGUGGAGCCUCCCCCCACCUCCCAGCUCAGAGCAGGCCCAUGACUCCCCAGGGACCCAGAGCUGCCCGGGGCACAGGAGGGGCCUGGCUCUCGGGAAAGGAGCACACAGGAGUGGGCUGUCUGUUCCACGAAGCCCGUGGUGACAGCGAUGCUGACCCCGGGGGGUGGCGCUAAUGGUGGGCUCGGGCAGGGAGGCUCUGACAGCUUUGUCUCUCCCAGGCCUGCGAGCCUGAGCUGGGCAGUCACACAGCAGAGGAGGGAAGGUCAGUGCCCGGUGUUUGCCACAGCCCAGCAGCACCUGUGGCCUUUCCUCCAGGGUCAGCAGCCCUGAUUCGAUGCCAGGUUCUCACUUUAAUUCAUACUAGAGAGUAAAUGGCUGACACUAGCUGACUUGUGCUUGGGGGUGGAGGAGUUGCAAUUCCUCUGGGACACCCCUCACCUCUAGGAGGAGGGGGGCUCUCGGCAAACACUGAUUGGGCACCUGCUGGGUCCCAGGUCUGUCCCGCCCCGCUUCACACCCACUGUCUCGCUAAUCCCCGCCACGUAUGGAGGUAAGAGUCCAGGGCAGAACUGGGAUCCAGAUCGGGGGUGGCCAAGCCCCCUCUCCUUGUCCCACAUGUGAAAUCCCACCGUCCGGCCUGGGCUCCUCGGGGACUGAAAGACCGUGGGGACGCAGGAGGCCAGGGCCCCGGGUGAGCCUUCCACCGCCCUGCGAGUAGUCUGAUGGCCUCGUGCAGAACCCUGGCUCACUGGGCCUCAGUUUCCCCCACUGUCCACUUCUCCCCCUCCCCUCCUUGGCCUUGCAGCUGGCGGGCAGGGGGCUGGAGGUGAGAGGUUCACCGCACAUGACUUCAUCUGAGCCCCCACCACUUCCUCAGACACUUGCUCCCUCCUCCUGACGGCCAGCUCUCUCCCGCUCCAGCGUCCUCGACAGGGACACAAGCCCCGGGCGCCUCCAGAGGCCAGACUUGUUCCCACGGGGGCCGGGGUGUGAAGCCUCCGCACCGUCUACAUGGCCUCCCUUCCCAGAUUUCUGAGAAGCCCAAGUGACGUGAGGUGGCCUGUGUAUUUAUAUCUGAUGUAAACAGUCUCCUCGACAAGGCUUCCUCAUCCUGAAUUAAAACUGUUUAUUCAAAUCCA